CCUGACUACACCCGCCCGGCGCCGCCGAGGUUUUCUUCUCUCUCAGGAAGGGACAGCGAGUGCUGAGGGGCGGAUUCACCCCCUGGCAGCAGCUGUUUAUCAAACCGGUCGCGUUCCGGGUGCGCAGGGGCUGACCUGGGGGAAGGAAGUAUCGGUGGCUCCUCCCUCUGCCCUCCCGCUCCCCUCCUCCUCCUCACCCAUGUCCAUUCCAAGAUGGCCGGGAUUCCUUUGUAUUUUGUGGAUUUGCAGGAUGACUUAGAUGAUUUUGGAUUUGAAGAUUAUGGACCAGACUGUGAUAGCAUGAGGAUAACAGCAUUCUUGGAUAUUCCUGGACAGGAUAACUUAACUCCACUGGCUCGUCUAGAAAAAUAUGCUUUCAGUGAUAACAUAUUUAACAGGCAAAUUAUUGCCAGAGGUCUUUUGGAUGUCUUUCGAGAUUUCAGUAAUAAUGAAGAAGACUUCCUGACUGUAAUGGAAAUAGUGGUCAGACUCUCUGAAGAUGCAGAACCUACUGUACGUACAGAGCUGAUGGAACAAAUACCUCCUAUUGCCAUUUUUCUGCAAGAAAGUCGACCAAAAUUCCCAACAGCAUUUUUUGAAUACCUUAUGCCCAUAGUAGUGAGAUACCUCACAGAUGUUAACAAUCAGGUUAGAAAGGCAGGUCAAGAAGCACUGCUUAUACUGCUAGAACAAGAUCUUGUUGCUCAGAGUGACAUUGAAAAUAAGGUGUGUCCAAUUCUGUUGGACCUCUCUGCUCCUGACAGUGAUGAUGAGUACAAGGUGGAAGCUGUUAAUAUUAUCUGUAAAAUGGCUUCCAUGUUGAGCAGAACAACCGUUGAACGCAUGCUGCUUCCUCGUUUCUGUGAACUGUGCAGCGAUGGGAAAUUGUUUCAAGUCCGAAAGAUUUGUGCAGCUAAUUUUGGUGACAUUUGUAAUGCAGUUGGGCAAGAAGCCACAGAAAGACUGUUGAUUCCAAAGUUCUUUGAGCUGUGUUCCGAUAGUGUUUGGGGAAUGAGAAAAGCUUGUGCUGAAUGCUUUAUGGCAGUGUCUUAUACCACAUCGCCAGAAGUUCGUAGAAGCAAACUAUCCCCACUGUUUAUCAAUCUUAUUAGUGACACUUGCAGAUGGGUUCGUCAGGCUGCUUUUCAGUCUCUUGGCCCAUUUAUUUCUACCUUUGCGAACCCUUCAAGUGCUGGUCUUUACAUUCGAGAGGAUGGGACACUGAGUAUCCGACCAUCAACACAAGAUGUGAAUUCUAAUUCUUAUCAGCCAAGCAACAAUAUAAAUUUAACAUCCUCUAGUACAAAUGCUACAUUGUCCAGUUCAGAACAACCAAUGGAAAUCAAACCAGAAUCAUCGACUGAGGAGACUUCAGCUGAAGUUAAUGCCAAUCUCUCAGUUGGGAACCUAAAUAAAGAUGCAUGGGAAGAAAGUUCAGACUGUACCAGUCCUGGAGAAGACAUGUCUCAAUUGUCUCAGGGUGACAAAGUUGCUGCUGGUGCUGUAGAAGUCACAAAGGACAGCAGUUUUCCUCCAAGGAACUCAGGACUACAGUCUGCUGAGGAUGUAUUUAAUACUUUUUUGUACUGGCGCCCUCCUCUGCCUGAUAUAAGUCAGGAUCUGGAGUUGCUUCAGUUCAAGACCGAAAAGCACAAAGAGAGCUGCUCUGUGCCAUGUAAUAACUGCGUUGCUAGUUGUGAAAUAAAAAAGGUUCUAGAAAGCUUACAGGAGCACAUAGAUGAUCCGGAUGUUCAAGCUCAGGUGCAAGUAUUGUCUGCUGCUCUUAGAGCUGCUCAGUUUGAUUCUGUUGGUGAAUAUGAGACCAAAAAAAUGGAAGAAAGCAGUGGCAAACUUCAGAACAAAACUAUUUCAGAUGAAACAGCUGUUUCAGAUGCUACGUGCAGCCAGGUGAAGGAAGAUAGUCUUUCAUCCCCUGCCUCCCGGAAUAACAUCAGUGACCAGUCUACCAGCAGUACACUAAAAAGCACAGAUUCAGAGGAACAACAUGGAGGAACUGGGGUAUUUUUAAAGAAAGAGCAAGAAAAUAAUCCACCACUUGAAGAUGACAAAUCAAAAUUACAGGAUAUCAUACCUCAACCUUUAUUAGACCAGUACUUGUCAAUGACUGACCCAGCUCGAGCCCAGACUGUUGAUACUGAAAUAGCCAAACACUGUGCAUACAGCCUUCCUGGGGUGGCCUUAACACUGGGCAGGCAGAACUGGCACUGCCUGAAGGACACGUACGAGACGCUGGCCUCGGAUGUACAGUGGAAGGUCCGUCGGACACUGGCUUUCUCCAUCCAUGAGCUAGCAGUUAUUCUGGGGGAUCAGCUAACAGCUGCUGAUCUGGUGCCAAUUUUUAAUGGAUUCUUGAAAGAUCUGGAUGAAGUGCGCAUUGGUGUCCUUAAACACCUGUAUGACUUUCUGAAGUUACUUCAUGCAGACAAAAGGCGAGAAUAUCUUUACCAACUCCAAGAAUUUGUGGUGACUGAUAACAGUAGGAACUGGAGGUUUCGUUACGAGCUGGCAGAGCAGCUGAUCCUGAUACUGGAACUCUACAAUCCCAACGAUGUCUAUGACUACUUACGCCAUAUUGCACUAACUCUUUGCUCGGAUAAAGUUUCAGAAGUUCGGUGGAUCUCCUUCAAACUGGUUGUAGCAAUAUUACAGAAGUUCUAUGCAAACAAUGCAAAUGCACUGGGAUUAAAUUUCAUUAAUGAACUUGUAGUGCGGUUUCGUCACUGCUCCAAGUGGGUUGGAAGACAAGCUUUUGCCUUCAUUUGUCAGGCUGUGGUAGAAGAAGAAUGUAUGCCUGUGGACCAAUUUGUUGAACACUUACUCCCCAGUCUUUUAAGCCUUGCUUCAGAUCCUGUGCCAAACGUGAGGGUUCUGCUGGCCAAGGCUCUGCGUCAGACCUUGCUAGAGAAAGCUUAUUUUAAAAGCGUUGGCAAUCCUCAUCUAGAAGCUGCAGAAGAGACCAUUCAAGCCCUGCAGUCUGACAGAGAUCAAGACGUGUCCUUCUUUGCCACCAUAAAACUAAAACAGGGUAAUAUGGACAAGACAACCACUGAAAAACAAGACUGAUGUGUUGUUCUGUAGACUGAACAUUAAAAUGGUUCUUCACCUUAUGUGUCUGGUUAAUAUGAAUAACAUGGACAAAUAAGGUUUUUGUUACCUGCUUGAGCUGGUAAGGGUCUAUUGAGAAAUGUUACGCUUUUCAUUUCACGACCACAUUUCAUCUGCAUCUGUGUGUUCCCGUCCAACAUGCAGGAGUAAUUAUUUCUGUUUUUUUCACGGUAAAUGUGGGUGAUAACUGUGACUUCACCUGCAGUCAAAUAUUUUAUGUAAAGUCUUACACCACACUUAGUGUUUCAUAUUUCAUUUUUAAACAAAAUGUUUCCAGUAGUAGCAGUCUACUGUAAGCUUGAAAUGGUUUCUAAAUCUUAACCUGAUUAUAGGAAACCUACAUGAAGAUAUUAUUUCCAAACUUGUAGUUUUUGUAUUGUUUCAUGUAUUGCAUUUUAAUUGAAAAAAGUGUAUAUAUGUGAAUAGUUUUGAGUUUUAACAAAAAGCUAUGAAGAAUUUCAUUCUGUAUCAGUGGGGAAAAAAAGCUCAAUUUCAUUUUGUAGUUACUCUGAUUGAAUUAAGCCAUGGUUCAUUUUUAAUUAAUAUAAUGUGAUAUUUCUUAAACCACAGAGAGCUCAAGACUCUUCAUAUAUUGUGACUUUACUAUUAAUUUGUUAUUCCUGAGCUAUACCCUUACAGGUGUUAAGAGGUUUGUUUAUAUUACUGUUGGAUCUCAUAAUGGUAGGUAGACUGUAAAUUUCCCAAAUUGGAAGUUACCUGUUCUGCCCAAGCAAAUUGACUUUUAGGGCUUCAGUUCCUGCAAUGUGUGUUCUAUCUGUAGAAGGGUAUUAGAGUGUUAUAGACUAGAGUUUUUAUUUCACAUACACACCUUGUUUAAAAAACACCUUUUAACUGGUCCGGUGUUCAAAUCCCAAACAGCUUUUUAGUUUGUUCCUAAGAAAUAAAGGACCUCUAAAGUCUGGAAAAAACCCAAAUGGCAAAUGUUGAGGAGAAAGAUGGUGACAUGAUUUGCUCUACAAUGGCUUCUCUUGAUCGUAUGGUAAAGUCUGGGGCAACAGCAGCUGAAGCUUACUGAGAUCCUUAAGCUUAAGUAGGAUGUGUUCUGUGUAUGUAAACAGAGUUUUGGAAGAAAUAAAGAAUAUACAGAUAGAACAAAGUUCUGCUAAAAAAGAAACUGGAUAGCUUCUGACCAGUUUAAAAAAUGAUAAAGCUGAUGAUACUUUUUGGUGGAUCCUGUGUCUGCAGGCCCCACAAAUCUACACAUUUGGGACCUGAAAAAAAAAAGUUUCUUUUUUAGAUUGUGGAUUGAAACUUUGUCCUGCUAAAAAACUAAUGCUUAAGUACUGAAGAAAUGGCUUCAUAUAGUAAGUUACUUUUUCCUCUGUGAAGACAAUACUUAUCAUGGAUGUGUGUAAAUAUCUCCCCUUAUUUCACUGUUACUCUAGUUUAAAAUUCACACGGGUGAAGACUUUUACAGAAAACACUUUUUUGUUUUUUGUUCUGGCUUGGCUGCAACCCAGCAGGUAGGUUCCUCAUCUGGGUUCUGUCUUUUUGGAGGGCUCACUUUUGUAUAAGUUUGUUCAGCGAGUCUUGUAUUAUAAUGUGUACAGUAUUUGUAACAAAUUGCUUUCUUUUCAGAUCACUAAAUGCUUUUUGGAAGUUGCAGGCAGAAAUAUACCACUGCUAUUACAGCAAACAUAGCAACUGUAAAUUCUGCAGCCUUCUACAUUUAAUUUUUUACAGUUUUUUUAAAUAAUUUAAAACAAAUGCUUCUUCAGUACAGAUUUUUUUAUUAUUGCAAUUUCUUAAUAAAAAGACUCCCUCGAGUUAAUUUUUUCUAAUUCUAAUAUCUUUUUCUAAUGCUGGCAUUAUACUGGUAUUUUCUAACAGGUCAAUUUUCUAAGACCUUUCUGACAAGGUUUUACUUCUUCUUUUGUUAUUAUCAGCUCGUUAAAUUUCUCAGCACUGAACAAAUUUUUUUAAGUGUGUGUAUAUGUAAGUAUGUUUGAAAUGUACUGUAUAUAAAUUAAAUACUUCAAAUGUUAACCCAACCCAGGUUUCUCUUUGUCAGAUAAUCUUAGAUAGUUACCUUGACUUGCAAUAAUCCACUGGAAAACACAAGCUUUGUCUGUGUUAGCAUGUUUGAUUCUUGUUCAUAGAGAGUUUUCAGUUAGAGUGUGUGUAAACAGCCACCAGCUAGAAAAGUUCACUAAAUGGCUAAUCAAAGUUCUUAGUUUUUAAGAAUGUUUUGGUACCUCUCUGGCUCCAGAAAUCAUGUCAGUUUUAAAUGAUCUGAUUUCAGGAGAGCAUUUGAGAACUUUUGUUUAAAACUCUGCAGUUGCAUGCACUAAUGGGGGACAUCAUAGUUUUGGGGUGGGUUUUUUGUAGACAGUGUGAAGGUCUGAUAAACAGAUUUACCCUCUACAAGGUUUGUCUUUUUUUGGCUUAGUUUUAAAGUAGAAAUGUUUUCAGCAUGAUUAAAGACCGCACCUUGUCUUGUACUAGACAAAUGUAUGCAAUGGUGAGGAACGUGGUGUGCUCACAUACAGUUCUCUGGGUUGUUACAAUUAUGCAAAAAGAUGUGCUUUAGAAGCCAGGUGGAGCAAAGUUAGGUAGCUGAUCCACAACAGCAGUAUGAACAUCACUUUUAACCAUUUCUACCUAAGGAAUGUGAAAAUAAGGUUAGUGGGUGCUCUGUUGCUUGUGUGCUAUAGGAAAUGAUCAAGCACUGGAGUCCAGAGCAUGUCAGUUGUGUUGCUUAGAGUUCUGCCUCGCUGGUACCUCCUGCAGGAUAUGCAUGUGGCACCAGUGAGGAUGCUGCUUGAGGGGCAGUGGUGUCUGUACAGUGGUGUUUAGAACCCAGUUACCUGGAGACACUCUGGAAGUGUCACUCCGUCAGAGAAUCUAUGUAACUUUGUAUUUAUCUCAAUAAAUCCUAUGACUGUUUUAUAAACCAA